AUGAUUUGUAUAGUCGCCGUCUUGCUGUCCGUUGCAGGGACUGUCAUUGCCCAGACCCAAUGUGGAGGCAAUACAUACACCCCCGGGACCGUCAAUUUUACCCUCGAAUGCUUUAACGCCAUUCAAAACUGCGCAGCCCAGUUCGCGGCCAACCCCAGUCAGGUCAAUUGCAAUGACUCGCUAGGGAACGUGUAUAUGCAACAGCAGGCCAAUUUGCAAGCCACAGGGUCUAGCCAGAAUAAUGAUGCCGUGAUUGCGAUUCAGGAUAUCGUGGACCUUUGCAUCCUUGCGGGCCAAACGAGCGCAACCUGGGGCUACAGCGAUAACCAGUGGUAUUGGAUCGCCGCUGGGGGUGCUUGCUACACCGAUAAUGCCACUCGAACAGACGUCGUGGCCACUCGGCCAGCGCCCUUCUGCAUCCAAGAUCGCGAUUCGACCCUCCCAGACUGCUAUCCUGAACCGGAGCCCGUCGCCGGCUCCCUGAAAGUCAUCAAGACGGCCAAGACCGUCAACGGAUUCCGAUCCUCGGCCAAGGGAUGGAACACAUACGGCAUUCAGGCCCUCCAGAACGGCUCCGAGGUAGUCUCGUCCUUCGCGGGACAGGCCGGGUUGAACUACAAUCAAGAGUUCGUCCAGACCCAGUGCGGUUUUCUCACCCAACCUGGAUUUAAAGCUGCCGGCUAUGACCUCUGCAGUCUGGAUUCCGGCUGGCAGGCAUUCAACGCCGUCGAUGAAUACGGGCGCAUUAUUUACAACGACACGCGACUCAACCUUCCGGAGCUUGGAUCCUGGCUCCACGAACGAGACUUGAAACUGGGAGUAUACGUCAUCCCCGGAGUGCCCUGCGUCGCGCAGAACAAGACCAUCUUCGGGACGAACAUCACUGUGGGCUCGGUGUGGAACGGCAACUACGAUCAGAUCUUCUGCGACUGGGACUUCAGCAAGGACGGUGUCCAGCAGUGGCACGACUCCGUGGUCGAGCAGUGGGUCUCGUGGGGGGUGGACAUGAUAAAGCUCGACUACGUUACUCCCGGCAGUCCGCAGAAUGGCGCCAACCUGGUCUGCGACAGCUCAGAUGCCGUGCGGGCGUACCUGAAGGCAAUCCAGAAGACGGGCAAGCAGAUCCGGCUGGAUAUCUCGUGGAAGCUCUGCCGGAAUGAGACCUGGCUGCCGGUGUGGAGUGAGCUGGCAGAGUCGAUGCGGACGGACCAGGAUCUGGACAACUACGGCCAGAAUACUUUUAUGGCCUGGUCCGUUGGUCAGCGCGCCAUCAACAAUUACCGACAGUACAUCGGUCUGCAGGCCCAACGUGGGGUCCCCAUCACCAUCUAUCCUGAUAUGGACAACCUGUUCACGGGCAACCCAGAGGCUCUGACGGGAGUCAACGACAGCAUCCGAACUACGGUCAUGAACCACUGGCUGGGAGCUGGCGCCAACCUCGUCCUUGGUUCGGACAUGAGUUCCAUCGACAAGUUGGGCUACAAACUCAUCACCAGCAGGCAAUCGAUUUCCGCCGCGAACUUCUUCGCUCAGUUCCCCAUGCAGCCUCGCAAUCCCGGCACGGGAAAUAAUCUUGCCCAGCAGUUGCAGGCGUGGAUCGGCGGCCCGUCGGACGAUAACGAGGCCUACGUCCUGAUCGCUAACUAUGGGCCGGACCAGGGACAGGGCGGGUUUGACACGCAGCUGUAUGGCCUGCAGAAAGUGACAGUCUCGCUGCAGGAUCUGGGAAUUGACGGAUCUUCCUGGACGUUCACCGAUGUCUGGGAGGGCAAUUCCACGCGUGUAUCGAAUUCCUAUGUUGCCUGGCUGACAGAGGGGGCUUCGCAGCUCUUGCGGUUGACCAGGCACCGUUGA